AAGUCAUCGGAUGGGACUGAUCCUUGUCAAUACUGAGAUCUAGUUGCGAUCCCUGAUAUAUGCCUAUUUGAUUUCGUCAGGUUUUAUAUUUCCAAGUUAUAAAUAAGUUGUAAAAAUGGGUUGUACAUGUACCAAGGAACGGAUAACAGUUGGAGGAAGGCGAUUUUAUAUAAUUAAACGACUUGGAGAAGGCGGGUUCAGUGUUGUGGACCAAGUGGAAGACGGAGCCGGGGAUAAGUUCGCUCUGAAGCGGAUUCAGUGCCACGGGGCUGAAGAUGAAAGACAGGCGAAGAAGGAGGCUGAAUAUCAUUGUCAAUUCAAACAUAAGAACCUCAUUGGGCUAGAGGAAUGGGGCUCGGUGAAAGGAAAGGAAGGUCUCACAGAAGUUCUUUUGGUGUUGCCAUUGUUCAAGAGAGGAACACUACAAGAUGAGCUGGAUAAGAUGAAAGCCAAUGGCAGUCACAUGCCUGAAGACAGGAUCUGGAGGAUAUUCAGAGGCAUAUGUGAAGGGAUCAAGGCAUUGCACUCAGCCAAACCCAAGCCAUUAGCACACAGAGAUAUGAAGCCAGGUAAUGUGAUGUUAUCUGAGGAUGAUGCACCUGUCAUAAUGGAUUUUGGCUCAAUGGGUGAAGCAAGAAUAGAGGUCAAAGGUCGAUCUGAGGCAUGUGCUCUACAGGAUCUUGCAGCUGAAAAGUGCAGUAUGUUAUUCAGAGCUCCAGAACUUUUCCAUGUUGAUAGCCAUUGCAUUGUGGAUGAAAAAGUAGAUAUCUGGUCUCUUGGCUGUGUUCUCUUCAACAUGGCGUUUCUUCACUCACCGUUUGAACCUAUCUAUGCCAGAGGGGAUAGUAUUCAUUUAGCAGUACUCAGCAGGAGUUUCAAGUUUCCUGAAAAUUCAAGGGAAUUUUCUGGGCUUUUAAUUGAAUUUAUUAAUGACAUGCUGCAUGUUGAUCCUCAAGAAAGACCCUCAAUAAAUCAAAUUUGUGCAAAACUAACCUACUAAUCUAUGUUUUAUUUUUCAAAGAGGAAAAAAUAUGUAUAUGUAUAGGCUUUGUAUAUACCUAACGUGCACUGAAAGGAUCUUAUGUAUAUUUUCGGAACUCUUAAUUGCAAAAUAAAACAGAUUGGUAUUCAAGCUAUAAAUUCAAGUGUUAUUAAUGAUGUAGACCCUUUAAUUGAAAGUAUUGUGUUUUAUCUGUUAGAUAUCAAUCUUCAAUAGAAGUUAGGCCUUAAAAGUCUGGAUGAUUACAUGUUGGCUAAACUUUGACCUAUAAUUUUUUUUUACUUAGCAAUCUUUGACAUUACAUGUUUUUAUGAAUUUGGUUUUGUUUUAAAGUGCAAUAGGAUCGUUUAUGUUGGCCAUUAAAAAAAUAUUCACAUUUUGUUUGAGGAAUUUCAUCACAAAAGACACAUGGGAAAAUAAUUACUAAUAUCAAUCUAUUCAUCAAGAAUAAAACAAUUUGUGUGUCUCAGUAUUUUGCUAAUGACUUUGUUGGAGAAUAUGUCAUUUAUCUCUCACCUUGAAGUAUUUUUUCAAGUUGGAUAUUUGCUAUAAAGUGUCAUCCUCAUUCCAUUUCUCACAUACCAGAACGUUUAAUUAUACUUAUGUGCUGUGGCUAUUUUUGUGCUUAUACAAUGCAUUUCACCCUCUAUAUUGUGUGUUGACGGUGGUGGUAAAUAUAUAUAAAUACUGUCUUACCUCCUCUCUUUUUCCUCUUACAAAUUUUCCAUUAUCAAAAUACACCAUUUCAAUACUUUUCCCACCCUCAAUAAAACUGCAUCUCAUUUGCCCUGCCUUCUUGUUUUGAAAAAAAUUCAUAUUCCAUAUUCCCAUGAAAUAAAACUAUCACUUUCUUUUCACAUACGUACAUGUAUCAUUAAUAUUCCCAACUUUCCUCAUUAUUUGUCAUACUUUCUUAUUUCUUCAUGAACAUAUCUCUGGUAUACUUCAUAAUAAUAACAUUCACUUCACACUCCUAUGACUGAUCCUGCUCCCUCUCACACUCACCACCCACACUCGCACUAGGUAUUCUCAAGGUCUCCUGGAUGCUAUAUCAGGCAUGCUGGUGGUAGAAGCCCUGGAGAGGCCACACAUUGACUGGGUCCUGAACAAGGCCA